CAUCCAAUCCAUAGGGGGCGCUUUCGCAGCACUUUGACGCCGUUGCUCAGAAGAAGAAGUGACUUCCGGGGGCAACAGAAAACACAUGUGGAUGGAAAAGGCCCUGAGAAUGUGAAGAGAGAACCUGGAGAACCCAGAGGAAGCCAGUACUGAGUCCCACUGUGAGAAAAGUCAUGACGAGGUGGGCAAGAGCCAAUAAUGUCCACAGACAUAAACCAGCUGAGGCCACACCAUGGAGCCAACUGAAGGGAAGCGGCAGGGCAUCAGCAGGCAACGGGCAGAAGGCGCCACUCCACAGGCCGCUGCUUGUGAACAAGCCCAACCGGAAGAAGAAGGAGUACAAAGACGAGGAUGUGAAUGGCUUCCUGGAGUACCUGAAGGAGAGCGGACAGCAGCCUUCUGGGAAGAGGGGGGCGGGUCCUGCUGACAGGCAGGCAGGGGAGGAGCAGCAGCUCCGGGAGGAGGUGCAGGUUGCUCUGAAGAAAGACAGACGGCGAGAAGAUCGUAGGGUGAAGAGACAGACGGACAAGAAGAAUAAGAUGCUCUGCUUCAACUGCAGGAAACCAGGUCACGGUCUGGCCGACUGUCCGGAGGCCGACCGCGAUGAAGAGAUGGGUCGGGGGAUAUGCUACCGCUGUGGCUCAACAGAACAUGAGAUCCAGAAGUGCCGGGCCAAGGUGGACCCCGCACUGGGGGACUUCCCAUAUGCCAAGUGUUUCAUCUGCAGUCAGACGGGUCAUCUGUCCAGAUCCUGUCCUGACAACCCCAAAGGGCUCUACGCUCAAGGUGGUUGCUGUCGAGUGUGCGGCUCAGUGGAACAUUUCCAGAAGGACUGUCCAGAACAUCAAGCUUCCAGCAGCUCCAUGACGGUCGGCUGGCUAUCCAACAACAUGAGCGCAGACUUUGAGGAUGUGCACGUCCCUGUGAAGAAGGUCAAGCCCAAACAGACCAAGGUGGUGACCUUCUGAGUCACAUGACCACCAGCGACGACGUCAUAUUUAGCUCUGUCAUGUCCCUUGUUUUCUACAAAAUACAAACAUUAUGCUGAACACUGGUCUUUCC